AUGGCGCCCACGCACCUCCCCCUCUUCGGCGGAAACAGAGCCUGGACCCAAUCAGACUGGACCACCUCAGACGACCGCGUCCGCGGCGGUGCCUCAACCUCAACCCUCACCUGCUCGCCCUCCUCCCUCACAGCCCUCUUCCACGGCACGCUCGACAUCACCGCGCUCGGCGGCGCGGGCUUCGCCUCGCAACGCACAACAGGCGAAGACCGCACCUGGGACUUAUCGAGCUACGACGGCAUCGAGCUCGUGCUCGAUGCCCGCCACGCUGAUGACAAGCUUUACACGCUCACGUUGAAGGAUGAGAUACGGGCUCGCCGCCCGGAUGGGCGGGAGCAGAGCUCUGUGAGCUGGGAGUUUGAUUUCCGCGCUACGCGGACGAGGAUUUUUGUGCCGUGGGCGGCUUUUAGGGCUACUUAUCGGGGGAGGGAUAAGGGGGAUGCGGGGGAGUUGGAUUUGGGGAAUGUUAAGAGGUUUGGGAUUAUGGUUAGGAGUUUCUUUGGGGAUCAGGAGGGUCCGUUUGAGUUGGGGAUUGUUUCGAUUGCGGCGAAGGGGAAUGGGCGGUAUUUGGAUUGUCCGGAGGCGGAGGAGGAGGAUGGCCGGGGCGAGGAUGAGUUUUUGGAUGAGAAGGUCGCUUGGGGACUGGAUCGGGUUGGGUGGUUUGCGUGGUUGACGUCUUGUUUUGGGCGUCGGUCUUGA